AUGCAAAAUUUCGUUCAAUAAUAAGAUCAAAUACCAUCAAACACUCAAUGCCAAAUAUUACCAAACUACGGAAAUGCUCAAGUACUAAGCCAAUCAGACGACUUUGUAGAAAGAUAAGAUUACUCUCAAAAGGGUGAAAGCAUCCAAGACUUUGCAGUCUUAAGCCAGCAAGUUCAUCAAUAAGCAGUCUAAAUAGACACAGAGAUGUAGGACGCAACAUCAACAAUAACAAAGCAAAGCGGUAUUUCAUCUAUAAGAAGAGUAAAAUCGAAAUCAAGACUUAGAAACAAUUUGUGGGAAAAUAAAAGCAUCAAGAGAAGUAGAUAGAUGAAAAAGAGACAGAGAGAAAAAUAGAAGCAAUAGCAAUCUUGUGAAAUUCCUCAACAAAAUAGAGCAUCAGAAACGAAUUCUCUUAUAGAUAAAAUUUGCUCGUUAAACAUCAAUGAAGUCAGCUCUCGACUCAAUAGACCUCCAAAGCAGCCAAGAUAAAAGAAGCCAAGGGCUUAAUGUCCAUCAGCUGAAAGAAUUUCAUUAGAUAGAAAGCCAAGAAUGGAGAAGCCACUUUACAAUCUGACUCAGCUUAGCCAAAAUUCAGUCCGAUUAAAUAGAUUCUCAACCUCCUAAGCAACUGUGAUUAAUCAAGAUUAUGAACCAAUGGAAAUUGAAGUAGCCGACUCAUUUGACCCAAAUAAGCCAUAUGAUAAGAUCUAUAUUACUUAAAAUGAAGUAGAUGAAGACAUUCAAUGUGAUGUCUGCCUUGAGUAUGACUUUGAGGAUGAUGACUAGAUAAUUCUGUGUGAAUUGUGCAACGCUGCAUGCCAUCAGUCUUGCUAUGGUAGCGAACUGCUCAAUGGUUUGACAACAGAGUCAUGGUAUUGCUAAAGAUGCAGAGAACUUAGAGAAAAGCCUGAGAUGAGAUGCACUGAAAUCAAAUGCUUCCUUUGUCCCGAUGUAGAUGGUCUAAUGAAGAAAGUCGAUCAUGAAAAAUGGGCUCAUUUGAUUUGUGUAAAUUGGAAUCAAGACAUUUACUAUACUGAUUAGUUAAAAGAAGCAAUUAGUGGAGAAGUAAUGCCCCAAAGAUAUCAUCUUGCUUGCAAUAAGUGUAAGGUAUCAAACAUAGGCGCCUGCAUUCAAUGUGAUUUUAAGAACUGCCCAAGAAGCUAUCAUGUAAGAUGUGCUGUGAGAAGAGGCUUGAUACAUGAAUGGAGUGAAUAUGAGGAGAGGUAUGGAGACCAACUGGAUUAGCAUUUUGUUCCAAUGUUUUGCUGCAAUCAUUAAGAUCAGGGAUCCAAAAUCUUUAAAUAAUAGGGCUAGUAAGGCUUAAUUAGCAAGCAGUUCACUAAGGAAUUCAGAGAAAAGAUGGCUCAACUUAAUAUAGCUAAAAAGAGCAAAAGUUGCAAAUCAAAAUCUGCAUUAAAUAAAAAGAAAGUUAUUAAGAGCAAAUAGGCCUUAGUUAAAAAGGAAUCAAAUCUGAAAUUAAGAACUAAAUUAGGAAAGCUUAGAGAAACCGAACUUAAAAGGCUAAGAGCUAAUAUGAGAGUUAAUUUGAAAGCCAAAUCUAAAAGUCAAAGGAAGUCAAAGAUAUUAGCUAAAAGAGCACAGACUAAAAAGAUAAUUAAAAAGACUAAACAAAUAUCUAGCUCUAACAAGCAAAAAUUAUCUAAAAUAGCACAAAAGAAGUCAUAAAAGAUUUAGGGUCCAGUUGGAAAAUAAAAGUAAUAGCAAAAGCAAUAAAAAAGAAAUGGUAGAUCUUUAGCGAGAUCUCAGUCAAAAUCUAAAGUUAAACCAACAAAGAAUUAAAACCAAAAAAGAAAAAGUUCCUAGUAAAAUACUAGAGAGUCAAUGGUAGAUUAAGCCAGAAAUAUGGUCCCGCCUCAACUUCAAUCUUAGUUUGACUAAUUCAUCAAUAUGGUUCAAACUAAUAUGCCAAUGUUGCUAAAUCAAAAUGGCCUUAAUCCUUUCUAAGCCGCUCUUCCCUUGCUAAAUAUGAAUACAAUGAAUGCAGAAAGAAGAAAUAUAUCAGGAAAAAGAUUAGGUUAAUAGAACGAAAAAGACAUGUUUAACAGUUUCUUGAAAAUAAACUCGAAAACUAAUGACAACAAUAGUAGCAGAAUUAAUGGAAAAUAUAGAAGCAAAUCAAAAGGCAAGAAAAUAGUUGAAGCAACAUAGAAAUAGUAGAAUUUGGGAUAAGUUGGUAGCACCUUAGGGUUCAAUGCUUUUGGAAUGCCGAACAUUCAAUUAGGGCAAUCUCCAUUCAUGAAUACUGGACUACUUGGAAGUGACUUCCAAAUUAAGAAACUCAAUUGA